GUAUUUAUAUUAAUCAAAUUAUUAGAUUUAUAAAUUCAAAACGUGUGUAUUACUAAAUAUGUUUUGAUUUCCCGAUAUGUGACAAGGCAAUUAGGAGGGGAGUUUAAUACAAUUUAAUACCACGAAAACGCAAUAAACCUAAUAUGUGAAAUACUAAAAGAAACGAAUUAGAAACAUUUCAGCAAUCGUCUCGUUCUUUUAAGACGACGAUUGAGUCGUUUAUAUGACGAAAACAGAGCAAACCCAUAUUUAGUGAAGUACUAAAAAUCCAAAUAAGAUGAACUGUAAUAGUGAAUUAAUUAUCUUAAGUGAAAUAAGUGUGCUACGUGAAAUGAAAGCAAUUCAAAAAGGAGCAGGCUUUCCCCAGUUGCCCCAUAUUACAAAGGGUCCUGUGAAAUGGAAUAGGCUGAAGUAGCAUUCAUUAAAAACACGACAUACAAAUAAUCUUUAAAAAGAGAUGAAGUAAUAAUACACAACACAGAUUGCACUUCCCUGAGAUUGAUUUAGUUCCUGCUAACCCAGAACACAUCACACCAAGAGGAUGUCAUCUGUCUCUCAGACGUCUCUCCCUGCCUGAGUUUUGCUGGGUUUUGAAUGUGUUCAAGGUGGUGUGUCUUCACAUUUUCCUUGGCAGGGGACCAUUUUACACUUUGUUUCCCAAUUUCGUAUCUGCCUUCUUGGGUCGAUUUUAGAUUGUCUUGAUAUUCUUACAGGGAGCUGUUCUUUCAGCACCAGUAAGUGGAGCUUGGGAAAGUGAUAAUUAGUAUUGUUUUUGUCUGGAAGCAUUCACGUGUAUGCAAGGAAACUGCUAUCAUUCUUUUUGACGUGUGUGAUAAUUGGAGUUUGAGGGAGGAUGGCCUUGGACCAGUUUGAGCUUCGUUUGGAUUUCCCCCAGUACAGCACCUCUCUGCUCUCCCAGUUGAACCAGCACAGACUGGGUGGGCAUUUCUGUGACGUCACGGUGCACUCCUGCGAUGGGGGCGUGUUCCGAGCGCACACCGCUGUCCUCGCGGCCGCCUCGCGGUACUUCCACGACCAGUUCCUGCUGCAUGCUGGGAAGGGGGAGGAGCUGGUGCUGGUCCUCCCCGAGGCCGUGGAGACGGGUGUGUUUGAGCGAGUGCUGGACUGCGCUUACACCGGCAGCCUCCGGAUGGUGCUAGAGAGCUCCGAGCCCAGGGGCAUCGCGGCAAAGCUCGGGGCCUACCUGACCGCGGCCAGCUUCCUGCAGAUGUGGCACGUGGUCGAUCGCUGCAAUGAGCUCCUCCUGAAGGUAGGGGGCGCUGACACUGCCGUGGGUUCGGCUCAGCAAGCCUCACCUGGGUCCUUCCACCCGAAACCCAGCCGCUCUGAAAACCAGUCUCCCUCGUCCAGCACCAGCAACGCUCACCCCCCUCGAUGCAGGGGCAGCAGUGAGAGUCACUGGGAGCAGCUGCAGGGCGCUUCCACACAGGGAAUGGACACAAAAGAGGACAACUGCUGCUCUUCCUUUCAACCUUUUGCCUCUGGUGACUCUGUUGUCGACGUCAGUCACAUCAAGGUGGAACUUUUGGAGGAGAAACCGUUCAGAGAGGUGGCUGAUGGGAUGUCAGUUGUGUCCGACACUAAACCGCUUCCUCCCUCCCUCCCAGCUAACAGUCUCAGUAACAUUCCUGCUGCACCCACACUAGAGCAGCUUCAGGGGAUCUCUGCUGUUGGAGAGCACGGGCCGACGCAGUUGCCCCAGACUGCCCCCAGGCACCGCGGUCCAGGGUAUCAGGAGUCAGUGUGCGGCAAUUCUGUGAGCUCUGUUCAGUCAAGUCCCCACCCAGUCCAGAGCCCAUCCCUCCAAGGGUUUAGUUCCCUUCACACCCAUCCCCCGGAACUGAUAGCAACUCACACCAAUGCAAACCACAGUGUGGGCGUCCCGGCCUGCUGUCUCCCAGAAUUCCUUGCUCCUAGCACUCUCGGCAGUGACAAUGCUUGCCCCAAUAGCAGCUUUGGUGUGGUGUAUGGUGCUGGUAACAAUGGCCCCCCCUCACUGCUGGCUCCCGGCUCCCUCCUCUAUAGCAAAGCCAGCAGUGCUGUCGCCCUCCAGACCAGUGCCAAAGCCCACCCCAGCGCCCCCUCUGUGCUCCACGCCCAGGUCGAUCGCAUCUCUCGGUUUGGGAAGCGUGUCUUCGGGUGUUUGUGUGGGAAGAGGUUCCCUGAGCGAGGCCGCAGGGACAGACACGUCCUUCUCAAACUGAGCGCGCGCCCCUUCGGCUGUCCCCAGUGCAACAAGAGCUUCAAACUGAAGCACCACCUGACUGAGCACAUGAUCCUGCACAUGGAGCGGCCGCUGUACUCGUGCGAGAGCUGCGGCAAGACGUUCAAAAUGAUCGAGUGCUUCCAGAGACACAGAGAGAACUGCCUGCAGAGAGGGAGGCAGUGACAACUGGGAGAGGCACAGGGAGGCAGGGAGAACUGGGAGGAGAGGCACAGGGAGACAGUGACAACUGGGAGGAGAGGCACAGGGAGAACUGGGAGAGGCACAGGGAGACAGUGACAACUGGGAGGAGAGGCACAGGGAGGCAGGGAGAACUGGGAGAGGCACAGGGAGACAGUGACAACAGGGAGGAGAGGCACGGGGAGGCAGGGAGAACUGGGAGGAGAGGUACAGGGAGGCAGGGAGAACUGGGAGAUGCACAGAGAGAACUGGGAGAGGUACAGGGAGGCAGGGAGAACUGGGAGAGGCACAGGGAGACAGUGACAACUGGGAGGAGAGGCACGGGGAGGCAGGGAGAACUGGGAGAGGCACAGGGAGACAGUGACAACUGGGAGGAGAGGCACAGGGAGGCAGGGAGAACUGGGAGAGGCACAGGGAGACAGUGACAACUGGGAGGAGAGGCACGGGGAGGCAGGGAGAACUGGGAGGAGAGGUACAGGGAGGCAGGGAGAACUGGGAGAUGCACAGAGAGAACUGGGAGAGGUACAGGGAGGCAGGGAGAACUGGGAGAGGCACAGGGAGGCAGGGAGAACUGGGAGGAGAGGCACAGGGAGGCAGGGAGAACUGUGAGGAGAGCGGCAGGGAGGCAGGGAGAACUGGGAGAGGCACAGGGAGGCAGGGAGAACUGGGAGGAGAGGCACAGGGAGGCAGGGAGAACUGGGAGAGGCACAGGGAGGCAGGGAGAACUCGGAGAGGCACAGGGAGGCAGGGAGAACUGGGAGGAGAGCGACAGGGAGGCAGUCACAGCAGGGAGGAGAGGGAGAGUGUAGCGUGGGGGGUAGGGGGAGUGUUGGGGUUAGAGCGUCUCUCAGCAGUCAGUGGACAUGGCGUUUUGAACUGGGGGUGAAACACAAGAACCUUCUCAGACUGGCAUUA